AUGACGACUAACUCCAGCAUUCUUGAGGAAAUGGAUACGACAAAAGCGACGACGAUCUGUCGGGCUGACGGAAAAUCGAUCAAAUCGGUCGGAUCUGGUGCGGGUCGGGUGAUUUCCGUGGAUGGGAAAGGCGGCCGGAAUGUGAAACUGGAGAAUGUGUUUCACGUGCCUUCGUUAGCGGGAAACUUGCUGUCGGUGAGCAGAAUAACCGACUUGGGAUUUCGAGUGGUGUUUGACAAAACGGGGUGCAAAGUGCUAAAAGAAGAAGAAGCUGUGUUAGUAGGACAACGGAAGGGUGGUUUGUAUCACCUGAAACAACUUCCUGGACAUGAUUUCUUGGUGGAUCCGAAGCACAGUGAUUUGUGUCAGCACUUGUGGCACCGUAUAUUGGUACACAGCGAUCCACAAGCUGUUAAGAAAAUAGUGCGUGAACACUUGGGGCACGGGUUGAAGAUAAACGCUUGUGAAGUGCAAUCCAUGUGUGGCUGUUCCUUUCCGAAGGCGUCGGCGUUGAAGACCAAAGCAGUUGGAGAGCUGAUUCACGUGGACCUUGGCGGUCUGAUGGAGAAAAAGUCCGAUGCUGAGGAUAAAAUCCGUGAGUAUUGCGCAUUAGUGAAACAUCAAUUUGGUGGAUACCCGAAAUGCAUUUGCACCGAUGGGGGUGAUGAGUUUAUGAGUGCUUCGUUGCUUAUGUACUUUGCGGCGAAUGGCAUCGUGGUACAGCAAACGGCACCGUACACGCCACAGCAAAACGGCGUGGAGGAGCGUAAGAACAGGACCCCGUACGAGUUGUGGAGCGGGAAGAAGCCAUCGUACGCGCAUCUCAGGAUAUUUGGUUAG